CCCUACUACGCAUGUCUCGAUUGAACAGAAACAAAGGACCGUUAUGCCGUCCGUUAAAGCUGUUGCCUGAUGCGCAUGCGUAGCUGGUUUUGUUCUAGUUAAAAUGGCGGCGCCCGUGGAUCUUGAGUUGAAAAAGGCAUUUUCUGAACUUCAAGCUAAGGUCAUUGAAACCCAGCAAAAGGUGAAACUGGCAGAUAUACAAAUAGAUCAGCUGAACAGAACAAAAAAGCAUGCACAUCUUACAGACACAGAGAUCAUGACUCUGGCUGAAGAAACAAGGAUGUAUGAAGGUAUAGGACGAAUGUAAUAUAAUCAUGUUUUUGCGUAUCAUAUGAAUCUAGCAUGUUUGUCUCAUGGUUAA